CAAAGGAAAACAUAAUGAAAUUUCACCUCCUGAUUUAGAAUUUUACCAUCUUAUUUUCUUUUCAGAAGAGCUGUCCCGGACUAAGAGGUCAUGUAGAAACAUCUCCAGGGAUUCAGGAGAAAAAAGCACGAUGUCUGACGGCAAUGAUGCUGGCAGUGGAACAAGGGGUGUGCUCGAGGACAAUAAUGACACAGGAGGAUUCUCUGAACAUGAACUCCUUGACAUCAUGUAUAAUGCCUGUAACACCUCCCACACAGGAGAGGUGUUGGCCUCCACCAUGCUACAGUACCUGCAGACCAUGACCACUCAGAGUCCGGAGCAGGACCGUCUGGCGGCCCUGCGGCGGCUACUCGACCCGGACUGUCAGGACCCUCAUGUGAGCAGAGAGACUUUCCACUCCAUCAUGAGGGAGUGGAUCGCACAGUGCAGCCAGGACAGUUCUGAUUUGGACAGCACUCAUGUAUCUUGGCCUGACUUCUCUAAAGUCCCUGUAAAUGGACUGGAUUUCUCCGCUGCCUCUCCAGAAAGCCACCAGUGUCUAUGUGAUGGAAAAGACCUGUUGGGCACAGUGACUGAACUGAAGCACGCUCACAGAAAGCUGAAUGAGCAGAACAGCAGCCUGCUGAGGACGGUGGCUCAGUGUGAAGACGUGAACCUGCAGCUCUCUCUGGAGGUCACUGAGCUGCGAGCAAAGCUGACCAGUGCUCAGCGGUCAGCAGUGAGAGCCAGAUCCCAGACAGAAGAACUGGAGGAGACCCGCCGGGCCUUUAAAGAGGCUCAGGAGAGGGCCAGCCGCACCCAGAGCAGCUGCACCAAACUGAGCAAUGAGAUUGAAUGCCUGAAGGUUCACACCAGGAGGCUUGAAGACAAGAAUGAGAAACUGACCUUUGAAAGGACGUGUUCUGAAGAUAGUCUCAACAAACUCAGGAAGGCCAACACUGAGCUGAGGGCCGAACUUGAGGAAACCCUGGUUAUGUUGACGCUGAGAGACAGAGAAAUUGCAAAGAAAGACAUUCUCAUGGAUAAGAUGAAGAACUAUCACAUGGAGAAUCACAGCAUGAUUGAGGGUCUGCAGUCAGAGAUGGUUAAGUUACAGAACCAUUCACACCAAGUUAUUUUGAGGUAUGACAGACACUGUAUCAGUCCUCAGAGUCUCUACGGCCGAGACCCUCCAAACCACCGCUCUCUGCAGAGCGAGAUGCACGAUAUGCAGCAGCAGCAUCACGACUUAAGCCUCUCGUCCCUGCAAACACACAGUGAUGAUAUUCAGAGCAUCAUCCACAAGAUCAAGUCUGCAGAAAUGACUCAUCUUCUGCACAAUAAGUAUCCUGAGAGGGACUCCGCUCCUGUAGAAACACAGGAGAGGCCUCGUCCUCAGCGCCAGCAGCAACAGGCAAGCAUCAAGCAGCAGCUUGUCAAUGUGCUGCAGGAGCUGGAGCUGCAGAAGUGUGUGUGGGAGGAAAGAGGGGAGAAGGUGGAGGAGCGGAGGAGAGCCUGGGAGAAGGAGCAAAAGCAGAGCCAGACGGAGAGCCAGACUCAGAUGCAGGACGCCAAGAAGGUGGCUGUGGUUAACUGGUGGAAAGCCCACAGCGUGGAGGGGGCUAAGGCCCGGACCAAAGACCCUCAGCCGGGCCGGGAGGUCUCCGAGACACGAGCAAAGCUUCAGCAAGCAGAGCAGACCAUCAGUGAUAUGAGGGAGCAGAUCUGCCUCCUGCAAGCUUCUGUAAGAUCUGCACAGGAGUGUGUCACCGAGCUAAAGGACCGCAGUCUUUAUAUCAACAAGGGAACCAACACUGAGAGAGAGGAGCCAGGCAGAGCCGCGGAGAAGGUCGUGAAGGAUCAGAGGGAUGCAGCCGUGGCCACAGAGAUUACAGGUGGAGCUUCAGAGCAGGAGCAAACCCAACUCAGGGCGACCGCAGACGGCCUCCUGAAGACGCUCAGGAGGAUGGAGGCCAUGGUCAACAGCGCCCUGGAGACGGCUGAGCUGGUGAGAGAGAGCGAGCAGAGGGUGGCCCUGGUGAGAGAGAGGAUGGAGAGCAUCACCCUGAAGGUGGGGGAAGCUCUGGAGCGAGCAGCCGACUCUGACCAGAAGCUGAACAAUCUGGAGGCCAAGAGCGGAGAAAAAGAUCAAACUCAGUCUCCAGGUCUCAGUGUACCAGCUGAUCCUGGAACAGACGUCACUGUCUUUAAGGCUGAGUCUGACGUGGAGCCUGCAGGCGGAGGCGGGGCUCCUCCAUCUCCUGUGAUCCCAGGAGUCAGUGAGCCUCUGCAGCUCCCCAUGAAUGGUGGCACAGGACGAGGCGGCUGCAGCGAGCUCCAGGAAGAGGAGGAUCACUUCCCGCAGGGAUCUCCUCCAGAGCAGAGUGAUCAUAACCCCGAGAAGUCCUGUGCUGCCCCCUGCCCCGCUGAGAGACCUUUUGUGUUCCCCAGCACCCGCUCACGCCCCCCUCUGCUCCCCACCAUGCCCACCCUGCCCGAGGAAGAGGAGGACUCCCCCGAAGAGAUGGACAGUUCCUCCAGCUCUCCCAGUACAUCUACACCGAGUCGAGCUGUCGUCAUGACAGGCCCCACCAUCAUCUACCCACAGCAGGCCACUAUUGUCCAACAAGAUGGACGUCCUCUGGAGCAGACCAGGCCACACAGUCCCAGAUCUCGCAUGGCCCGCAACUCCUCUGGAGGACCCAUCACCAGAGUGGACAGCACAGGUAACGUGAUCGACCUGGUGAAAGAUCCGCUGCCGGAGCUGCAGCUCUCUGAGGAGGAUCGACAGAAGAACCUGGAGCUGCUCCAGCAGGCCAAGAAGGUCAGCGACCGAUUCCUGACCCGCCGCGGCCGCCGCUCCCUCACUGACUCACCACCAGGUCUCUCUCCAACUCCAACUCCCUCAACCUCUCCGUGUUCCUCUAGAAGCACUUCAUUGACUGUGGCUCCUCAAACUGCUGUAGGAUCUACAGAGGCAACCUAUGUCAGCUCACAGUCAGUUGGGCAGCAUCAGGAGUUGUCUUCAUUGCGAGAGCAGACAGACCCGACAACACAAGAUCACGAGGGCAACAGGCUGUUGGUGGACUGGAAGCCCUCUGAGAAGAGGAAAGUUUCCUCGGGGACUCUGACGCCUCGUUUUGCUGUUCAGAAGGAGAACUGUGACCCCGCUGUACCUAAGAGUCCUCCAGCAGUCGGUAAAACAGAUGAGGGACCUGGUCCAGGCCGAAACCCCAACCAGACCCCAGCCACAGGGGUGGCCAAGCCCGUCCCCCGACCCCCGACUCAACAGGCCCCCUGUACGGCAGAGAUCAAGACCAUCGGGGCCUUCCCUCCUCUUAUGAGGGCUGUUUCCUGGGAUACUGUAGGCACCCUUAAUUCGAGGAACGGAGCCCCUAGUUUCCCUCCUACAGCGGAGGAUACCUUCUCAGACAAGCCCAGGGAUGCUGCCUUCAAAUCCUCCGGGUACAAGGACCUCCCCGGCCAGCAGGGGAGCGUACAGAAGCUGUCUAAAUUCAGAGAGGAGCACAAGCUGUUGCGUAACCAAAGCAUAGUCGGAUCAAAGUUAGCAGACCUGAGUGAAGCAGCUGAACAGGAAAAAGGCCCUCCAUCUUCUCCAAACUCAGUCAGUAAUGAAGAGGCAAAGGAGAAGACUGACUCCAUGCCAAACAUUUCAGAUCUGAUGCUGAGAAAACUUAAACUCCACCGAGGUCUACCAGGCUGUGCCCCCCCUCUCACUGAAAAAGAAGUUGAGAAUGCAUUUGUCCAGCUGUCACUGGCAUUUCGUAAUGACAACUACACUCUGGAGAUGCGGCUCAAACAGGCGGAGAGGGAGAGAAACCUGACGGAGGAAGAGACAGAGAGAGAGCUAGGAGAUUUCAAAGGAGCGUUGAAGGUUUCGUCGCCACAGUGGCAGAACCUGGAGCAGCGUGAGGCCUUCCAGAGAUUAAUCGAGACGUUAGCGGUGCUGCACCGAUUGGCCACGAGGCUCUCCAGCAGAUCAGAGAUCGUUGGAGCAGUUCGACAGGAGAAACGCAUGAACAAGGCCACUGAGGUCAUGAUGCAAUAUGUGGAAAAUCUGAAGAGGACCUAUGAGAAAGACCACGCAGAGCUGAUGGAGUUUAAGAAGCUGGCCAACCAGAACUCAAUCCGCUACGGCCCAUCCGCUGACACUGGAGAUGAUGGAAUUCCACGGCCAUCAAGAUCAAUGUCCCUCACCUUGGGAAAGGCUCUACCAAGACGUAGGGUGAGCGUAGCGGUGGUGCCUAAGUUUAACCUCCUCAACAUCCCGGGUCAGACCCCAGCCACAGCUUUCCCGGGCCUCAACAUGGGCCCCAGCACGGGACCCAUCACAAGUGCUGCUCUUCCUGUCCUGAGUGAAGCGAAUGGUGUGAAAGCCAACGCUCCCUCAGAGGCAGCACAACCAGCAGCAGAAUGUGGAAAGAGUGUGUCGGAGCCGGAAAGUGAGCCGGCCAAGCCUCCAGUCAACUUAGAGGAGAUCAGAGCCGAGAUCAGAGCCGAGCUCAAGACAAAGAUGGAGGAGGAGGUGUACAAUAAAGGUUACCAAGAGGGACUCAAGCAAAGCAAAGUGCUCCAGGAGGAAAAGCAGGAAGAGGAAAACGCUGCAGAGAAAUUGCUUGAAUCCAAAAAUAAGGAUGAAGAGAGCGGAAAGAAGAGAAGGACGAGCAGGAGGAUGGAGGAGGUCCUGGUUCUUCUUGGUCGCUUUUGGCCCAAGUUUCCCUUGAGUCGGCGUCUUCUCUGGGUCGCCCUGACGCUGUUUGUGGGGAUGUGCCUGGUUAUCAGUAUUUUUACCUUCUUCAGUGACUACUACAAAAGACGUGAGGACACGUAAGCAGGGACGAGAUCUUUGGACUGAGUGUAGCAGAACAACCAAAGAACACCAUCACAGAAAACCGAGGCGGUGAUCCAUCUGGCAGUUCACCAUAUCUUCACAUUGGACUCACUUGAAUCCAUGACUCUGACUCUCGAGGGGCUAAGAUGUUUUGGGAGGCUUUUUGGAUCAUGUUGACUCUAUCUUAGUAAACGGCAUUAAGUUAUGAUUUUAUUUCAAUUGAAAAACUGUCAGAUUGUUUGACGCAGCGAUAAAAAAGAGGAGUGUUGUUUAGGGACCAAUUAUACAGUGUGAUAAUAUAUAUUUAAAUUAGAUUAAUAAGUGAGAAUAUCGUCUGGUUUGGGUACUUUCCAUUAAUGCCGCUGUAGAAAAAGUGAAUAUUUGUAUCUGCACUCUAAUGUUUAAGUAUAUUCUCUCAGGUCCAAUAGAUAAUAAUGCCGCUGAGAGACUUUGAAUUCAUAUUUAAAGAUUUAGAAAGUAAAGGAAUGUUUUUGUUCAAUUUCUAUAAUGUGUAUUUAAAUACUUUAAAAUAGCACAUUCAAAAGUGCAAUAUUUUGCAGCUGAUGGUCCACGUUGUGCCAUCUUGUAUUGUGUCUUCAGAGCACUGAAAGAUGUUCUUUGAUUAGACGGCAUGAGUCUUAUUCUUAUCUUCUUUGCACAUGUGUGCCUACCUGUGUUCUUUGUUCUUUGUGGAUGUUAUGCUCUGCCACUUCACCUUUUAAAUAAAGGUGCCUGAAAGCA